AUGAUUCUGGUCGCGGAGCAGCACGGAGGAGAAAUGCUGCCAACUCUCGAGUCACGAGUCAUUCGACUAGACCUGACGCCGCCCUCAAGGUCAAUGGGGUUCAAAUUCUCGCAGCAGGUGACAGCCACACGUGCCGCAAGCUAACGGAGUCAUGGCCCUCCGAUCCGCAAUCAACCAGCAAACGCCAUGACCUCCCGCGCGCUAUCUCGUGCCAGAAUUCGGCUGGCCAGGAUCAUUAGUCCUACGGCGAGUACGGACACUGUUUCGAGUUACAGCAUCGGUGAGGUAACUCGUCGUGCUGUCAUCAUGUUAGUAACAACCACCGGAAGCCACCGGGCGGGCUUUCGAGGACCUCCAGGAGCAGAAUGCAUGGCUGGUUAAAACGCCGAGAGAGAGAGAGAGAUGACGCCGAUGUGAAUCAGAUGGCCGAGUGGAUGAAGACGAGCUAACUCGCGCGACUUGUGAAAGAGGAUAGGAAACUACUGGAUGAAACAGUCCGUCCGAUGCAGGCUAAGACUGAAGCGCUCAAGCGCAGAACGCGGAAAAAGGAGGACAAGGUUAAUCCAUAUUUCACCUUUUGAAACAAUAAUUUUGAAUGUUUCGAUGAGAUCGAGGGCUCCACGCGCCUGUUCUGCGAAUCUCUUCAAGUAUCCACACAUUUGGCAAUUUUUAUUUAUCGAACCUGAUGGCUGUAACUCCCAUAGGUCUGUUAGGUUAAGCGUGCUAAUUUCAGAGCUUGUAAUAGUCACUAAAUGAGGUUAGGUGCCUGCAGCCUAGAAAACCAACAAAACUACUGCCUAAAAUAUUUUCUGGAAUUGAAUGAAGCCUCCCUGUUUCUCACGUCAGGUUCAACGAUAAGGCCCCUCGAUCGUUCUUUCGGAGCUCACUCGUUCUGUUGUGCCUUACGGGCUCUCCCUCUCUCUCUCGAGCCCAACCAGCAGCUGAACAGCGGCGCAUGAUAUUUAGGCAGAAUGAAAUUACCGACAAAGACAAGGGAGACUGGAAUGGCCAUCUCUGGCUUAUUAGCCGUCGUCAGCCAGUCAUACCCGACCUCGAAGUGUGGAACACCCGAGGCUCGAACUCGCGACCUGUUAGUUAGAAGUCCACGCCUCUAACCACUCGGCCUUUAUAUCAUGCGCCGCUGUGCGGGUGCUGGUUGGGCUCGAGAGAGAGAGAGCCCGUAAGACACAACGGAAUGGGUGAGUUCCGUAUGAACGAUCAGUGAGCGCCCCCUACCAUUGUAUAUUCCCAAUCGAAAACCGACAGGGCAACGGGCUCGUGGCCCAGUGGUUAGAGGCGUAGUCUUCUACCAGACAGGUCGCGAGUUCGAGCCCCGGUUGUUCCACACUUCGAGGUUGGGUAUGACUGGCUGACGACGGCUAAUAAGCCAGAAGUGAUAAUUCCAGUCUCCCUUGUCUUUGUCGGUAAUGCCAUUCUGCCGAUAAGUCUCCUUUGAUGGAGGCUGUCUGUUUCAUCAGUGCGAACUGUUGCCGACUGACUAGACCGAAGUUCCAUAACAAAACGGAGCACCCAUUCCUGUCGUACAGUCAGGACAAGUGUGAUUGGAGAAUACUGAUCGCAGCCGACAGGCCGUGAAUUCAUACUUUUAUGAACAAGGGGAGCGUUUCAAGACCCCCGGUAUUCCUUACCUGCGGUUGGGACACUGCUAGUUGACUGUGAGGCAUGAGCCAAGCGAGUCAGUACAACCAACCCACUUACCUCAAUUGAGUAUGCAACCAAUGGUGCUACUAAGUGGAGCCCUUGGAGGGUGACAGUCCAGGCUAAAUGCAGGGUCACGUGUCGCCCUUCUAGGUCAAGAGGUCUCAAAGUGUGUACUAUUCCAUGAUCAGUAAACCAUGGCCCUCACAGUCUGGUGUGCGCUGGCAAUUCUGGCGGUAGAUGCGCUCGCGCUCCCGAUGGGUAUACAGGUCAUGUGCAUGCAUGCCCAGUCAUCCACGUCUUUUCUGUUGUUGGUCAAGUCCUGGUCAGGUGUUUACUGCAGACCAGGGGGUAUGGUGGCACGCCUAGGUGCGGGUCCGGCCGUGCCAACCACCUGCGCCCUCCCGCGCUCCGCUCCUCUCGGCUCUGUCUUGACACUGGACCCAGGUGGGGGGGGGGGGGAGAGUGUGGUUUGAUACUUAGUCUUUUAAUUCUAAAACUGGCUCAUCGAUUCCAGAAAGCUCUUCUUAUUAUCGUCUAGGGUUCUUAUGCGUCAUCACUUCGUCGUCUAUCCUUCUUAAAUGUCAUACUUCGACCUUGGGACGUUCGGUCUCCCGCAAUAAUUGGCCGAUUGAGCAAGCUGUAAUGCGGUCGUCAUCCUUAUGACAUAAAUUUUGCACGACGUUCUGACAGUGGUUUUGUUUUGUGAAAGUUAUGUUCGGCCAAUUAAGGCGAAAAUUUGGUAAACGGGCGCGAGUUUUCAGUAACUUCUCCAGUAUAUGGUGAAGCUAUGGCUGAAUCAGUAAUUGCUCCAUAAACAUUCAGGUAUUGAAUUUCGACUAUCCCUGGCGUGUAGGCCAAGUGUGGAGAGUGGUACGUCUACUUCACAUGGCCGGUUAUCUAGGGCACUUAACUCGCUCCGUGCAGCAUACCAGUGUCCGGUUCUGGCGUAUGCCAACUGCAGCGCCUGAAUGAAACUGGUUUGUGCUUUUGGGACUGGUUUUCACAGCCUGAUAGCCUUUUCUAAAAAUAGUCUGAGUCGACCUUCAAGUUAAGUCCUGGCAGUGUUGCCUUUAUGUGAAGCCUGCCUGGAGGAUGCGGCAGAUGCUGCGCAAGUCCACCAUCACUAUAAACUAAAUCACGCGCAAGUCACCGCGCCUGCUGCACCUUGCUGUGUGGUACACAGUGGACAUCGUCGGAAUCGACGCUCGAACUGUCAACUAGCACUACUGCGACAGUUACCGACUCGGGUGAGAAUGGACAAGCAAUCAUUGCAACAGGUACGGCCGCCUGUGAUGGACGCAGGAACCGCCAAAUUUCACAGAUAAAAGGUCGCAUUUCGUCUACAUCCUCUAAAUACUACACCUCUUGUGCGCCGCUGUCCUUAACCGUUGCCGUCUCUAAUGGUGAGUCGGUCAACCACAAACCCUUUCGGCGAUCGGGUUUCCUUUUUAAGCUGUUCCCUGGGGUUCAACCUGCCACUUUCUACAGGCUGAGAACAGGUGUCUGACCCUAAAAGUGCGCGUCACGUGCCCUCAUUCUGUAGCCGGCGCACGAUUGUCCGCGCGCACAGCUCACAGUUUUUGCUGGUGAUACUACCUUUGACGUAUUAUCAUGUCCGACCAAUGGAGCAGGCAACUAGGAGAGGACAGACCUUCCUGUCUGAAUUAUACAUUUUCCCUACUGUAGUAGUGUAACACGUCGAUUGCUUCUGUUCCCAUUCUGAAUUUUGUAAAGGACUUUCGUCUGGGGUGGGGGUAAUUGAGGGAUACUGGUGCAAUUAGUUUCAAUCAAGAACAUAACUAUGGACGAACGGUUGGAAGGUUGUCGGACCACGUGUUUGGGCAUCUAAUAGGUUCAGUCAGCUCACAGAAAUUCAAAACGAAAUAAUUCCACUCGAGUCAAGCGCUGCCCUUUACAGUACAGUAGGUAGGCUAACUCAUGAAAUGCCAACCGAAAUUCCGAAAUGCAUUUUCGUUUCGAAAAGAGUAAUUAAGAAGGGUUGUAAAACUAGUCAACCUGCAACAUAAUUCUAUAAUACUCCAGUUACCCCAGGUUGUCGGCUUUCGAACGAACUUCCUUCCGGCUGCAUGAAAAAAACUAUACUUCGUAAAAACGACUACUUAAGUAGCAUGCAUUUUUCUCAUUGAUUUUCGAUGCCCCUAAAAGUCCAAUUAUAUUUCAUGAAAAACAUGCAUGAAAAUAUUCAUUCUUUUGCUCAUUCGGUAGAGAAUUACGUCUUCUUCUAAUUUUAUAUUCGAAGGAGGCACAUAAUUCGCUAUUAAAAAAGUUUCUAAUCGUGAGACUUUUAAAUACCGUGAAAUGGCCGUUCAUAAAUCAUCAUAUCUCUGCAUUUACCAAUGUGGCUUGUAAAGUCAAUAAUUUAGAUCAAAUCCACUGCUAAAUUUUAUGAACCCUAAAUGCUCCCCCUUUACCACCAUAGAGGAAUGUGUGGUUUUCCGCACGCGGAAAAUAUACGGCUUGUAGUUUGGAAACCUUGAAACCAAGUGUAGCGGUAGAGCGGGUUCAAAAUUAUUCGGGAAUUGGAAAAGUUUUUGAAAACCGAAUUAUAUCCAUCCUUCGAGUAUAAAAUUAGAAGAAGACGUAAUUUUCUACCGAAUGAGCAAAAGAAUGAAUAUUUUCAUGCAUGUUUUCCAUGAAAUAUAAUUGGACUUUUAGGGGCAUCGAAAAUCAAUGAGAAAAAUGCAUGCUACUUAAGUAGUCGUUUUUACGAAGUAUAGUUUUUUUCAUGCAGCCGGAAGGAAGUUCGUUCGAAAGCCGACAACCUGGGGUAACUGGAGUAUUAUAGAAUUAUGUUGCAGGUUGACUAGUUUUACAACCCUACUUAAUUAAUCUUUUCGAAACGAAAAUGCAUUUCGGAAUUUCGGUUGACAUUUCAUGAGAUAGCCUACCUACUGUAGCUUCACAUGCGCCCGGCUGGCCGCAGUCUUCUUCACGUCAGUUUAAACAAUAUAGUUAGCUUGGCGACACAUUUUUUCCCAGAUCUACUAGAGCAAAUUACUUUUAAAGGCGCAAAAAUUCCCAUCGAAGGCUUUAGCUGACUAUUUAGCGAGGAGGCAUUUGCUUUCGAUAAAGCUUCAUUUAGGCUGAUAAAUUUUUUUUGAUGGCACAGUCGAUUAAAACAUGUGGGUAAUAAGGGAACAUGAGUGAUGUUAAUCUUUUUAAUCCCCGAAGAAAUUAAUGCGCUAACAUGGAGUGAAUCACUGGGGAUGAAACCUUAUAGGUUCUGUUCGAAACUCGAAGUGAACAUUUGGGCCGAUAUAUAUCAGCAUCAACGGGACAACGGUAUAAUAUUCAUAUACUGAAAGUAGGCAACGGAUCGAUUUUGGCUCAAAUAUUCACUAUCAGUCUUGGGACUGGGCCUAUAAAGCUUCAUUCCGAAUGAUUUACUCCAAGUUAGAGCAUAAAGUUCUGAGGGGUUUAGAGAGUUGGAAUUUGAAAACUAGGGGCAUCUACCAUAGUGCACACGGGGAACGCUGGGGGGGGGGGUCCAUUGAUGGGAUGAAUCGAUCGCGGGUGUGCUACACAGCGACGAAUACUAACGAAACACGCGUCCGGGUUUUUAUUCAGUAUUGUGUUGCCCGCCUGGUAAACAACGCAGGGAAUGUUAGUCUUAAUGUGCGCUCAGACGGACUUCAUGCAGGCCCUGUAUUAACCAUGGCCAAAAAGCCAGUUAACCCACCAACUACAAGCAAUUAUCCGCACCCAUCUCCCCCACCACUGAUACGACACUUCCUAACCCUCACGCUAUCCACACUAACUAUCAUUGCCUGACCAGCUGACAAUGGAUGCCACUGAUUAACCUCCCAUCUGCCACAUCCAUUUUUUAUGAAAAAAUGGACACUACUCGAUUGCCCUCAUUGCCCACUUGCUACCAUUCGGGUGUAUUGGCCUGAUGGGAGUUUACUGAUAGCAAGCCGAUGCUUCUCAAACAGUCUUCCGAAGUGAGGAAUGAGGUGCGAUCGCUGGGACAUGAGCUUUAUUAGCCUGACGUCUCCGAUUCCUGUUCCAGCCCAUCAUCAGAGACAAAAGCAGAUACGGGUAGUCCAUGCAUAAGGGGCUGCAGUAUUUAUAGGAUGCAGUAGCCACGCAUACUUAUGAACAUUUAAGGCUCCCCCCUUCGUCAGGAAUCGUUGCAUGUGGUGUGAUGGCUGACAUCCGCGUCGUUAAUUGCUGCAAUCUCAUCACGUGCGUUGGAUGUUGGUGUGAUAGUUACUCGACCAGCUGACGCGCUGAUCCUGGUGUUGGGAAAAGUGUUCACCUUUGCGCUCCCCGCGUGGCUGAUUACUCCGCCUAGGCGAAGUCUCAGCACCGAGAGUAUGGAAGGGGAAGAUCAUUGCACUUAUUAAUGCUCGCUUAUGUUAAUUGACCCCACUACCAUGCAGGCAGACUGGCCUGAUGGGUAUUUGUUGGUAGCAAACCGAUUCUUCUCAAACAGUCUUCUGAAUCUUUUCAUGGGAAACUGUGCAACUCUUAAUUCUUCUACAUCAAUCUCAUAACUUCCGGUUGUUUUUGGCUAUCUUAUUCGACACAGGCCGCGAGCCUCAAAAGACGAUGACAGCAACAAUAACAACAAUGAUGAUGAUGACUAUGAUGACGACGACGACGACGACGACGACGAUGAUGAUGAUGAUGAUGAUGAUGAUGAUGAUGAUGAUGAUGAUGAUGAUGAUAACAGUGCUAAUAUGCGAUGGUAUCCUCUUUCAUGA